AUGAAUGUCUAUGCCCUUGGCCAAUUUGAGUCUCAUGUAACUGGUGCAGACGGUGAUGUUGAUGUGAAGUUGAUGAUAAAAUCAUGCUCAUGUGGGGUAUUCCAUCUCAAAGGCAUACCUUGUCCCCAUGCAGCUGCAGUAGCUAUAGAGCGUGGGGUGAACCUUUACUCUUUGUGUUCACCGUUUUACACCAUUAAGUCAUGGAUGAAUUCAUACAAAGAAACCAUUUACCCAACUGGGAACGAGGAUGAUUGGAUACUUCCAAAUGACAUUAAGAAUAUGUUAGUUGGUGUACCCGUAGAGAAACAACAAGUUGGUCAUCUAAAGAAGCCAAAGCUAGGAAGACUAAUGACAAAUCGCUGGCCAUUUGGCAAGGAAAAAGAUGUGAAAAUAUGUUAG